AAACAAGACAAACAGCCAGUGCAGUGGUGAGGAGUGUGUGUCCGUGGUCCCCAUCCCUGCGGAGCUCAUAGCUGGGACCUGGGUCCCUGCCCACCUUGCAGCCCUGCAUCAGCCUGUUGCUUCCCACGGAGGCCAUGGGCCCAGAGGCUCUGCUGAUCCUGCUGGCGGCCACAGUUUGGCAUGGUCACGGGGUUCCAGUAAUAGAGCCCAGAGGCCCUGAGCUGGUCGUGCAGCCAGGUACGAAGGUGAGCCUGCGAUGUGUGGGCAACGGCAGUGUGGACUGGGAUGGCCCUGUCUCCCCUCACUGGAAUCGGGACCCUGAUGCCCCCGGCAACAAUCUGAUCACCAACAAUGCCACCUUCAAACACACGGGGACUUAUCGCUGCACCGAGUCGGGAGACCCCCAGGGGGGCAGCGCCAUCAUCCACCUCUAUGUCAAAGACCCUCGGCGGCCCUGGAACCUGCUGGCAGAAGAAGUGACAGUGUUUGAGGGUCAGGAUGCCCUGCUGCCCUGCCUGCUCACUGACCCCCAGCUGCAGGCCGGCGUCUCUCUGGUGCGUGUGCGUGGCCGGCCUCUCUUGCGCCAAACCAGCUACUCCUUCUCGCCCUGGUACGGUUUCACCAUCCACAAGGCCAAGUACACUGAGAGUGAGGACUACCAGUGCAGCGCCUCAGUGGAUGGCAGGACGGUGAUGACCCUUGGCAUCCGGCUCACUGUGAAGCAAGUCUUCCCAGGGCCCCCAACCCUGACACUGGAGCCUCCAGAGCUGGUGCGGAUCCGCGGGCAGGCUGCCCAGAUUGUGUGCUCAGCCAGCGACGUCGACGUCUACUUUGAUGUCUUCCUCAGACAUGGAGACACCAAGCUCAAAAUCGCUCCGCGAUCUGAUUUCCAUGAUGACCGUUACCAAAAGGUCCUGACCCUUAACCUGAAUGAGGUAGGCUUCCAAGAUGCUGGCAACUAUUCCUGUGUGGCCCAGAAUGACCAGUUCGUCAACUCCACCUCCAUGGUCUUCCGGGUGGUAGGAAGUCCCUACUUGAACCUGACCUCUGAGCAGGACCUCUUCCAGGAGGUAACUGCGGGUGAGAACCUCAGACUCGAAGUCAAGAUAGAGGCUUACCCCAGCCUACAAGGUUACAACUGGACCUACCUGGGCCCCUUCUCGGACCACUCGCACAAGCUGAAUUUUAACACCAUCAGUAGCACAUACAGGUACUCCUCCAGCCUCUUCCUGACCCGUGUAAAGCCCUCAGAGGCUGGCCGCUACUCCUUCCGGGCCUGGAAUGAGGGAGGCUGGAGUGUCCUCACCUUCAACCUCACCCUGCAAUACCCCCCAGAAGUCAGUGUCACAUGGAGCUCUAUGAAUGGUUCCUACACCCUGCUCUGUGUUGCCUCUGGGUAUCCCCAGCCCAACGUGUCUUGGCUGAAGUGCAGGGGCCACACUGACAAAUGUGAUAAGGCCCAGGUGCUACGUGUCUGGGAGGACUCAAACCCUGAGGUCCUGAGCCAGGAACCCUUCCACAAAGUGACUGUUCAGAGCCAGCUCACCCUCUGGACCCUGGUACCCAAUGUGACCUACGAGUGCAGGGCUCGCAACAGCAUGGGGAACAGCUCCAGGGUCCUUGGGCCAGUCACUCGAGAAGCCCACACCAGACAGCUUGAGGAGCCCUUCUUCACACCAGUGAUGGCUGCCUGCAUAUCCAUCAUGGCCUUGUUGCUGCUCUUGCUGCUGCUGCUCUUGUACAAGUACAAGCAGAAGCCCAAGUAUGAAGUGCGCUGGAAGAUCAUUGAGAGCUAUGAGGGCAACAACUACAUCUUCAUCGACCCUGCCCAGCUGCCCUACAAUGAGAAGUGGGAGUUCCCCCGAAACAACCUGCAGUUUGGUAAGACCCUUGGAGCUGGCGCCUUUGGGAAGGUGGUAGAAGCCACAGCCUUUGGUCUGGGCAAAGAAGACGCUGUCCUGAAGGUGGCUGUGAAGAUGCUGAAGUCCACAGCUCAUGCGGAUGAGAAGGAGGCCCUCAUGUCAGAACUGAAGAUCAUGAGUCACCUGGGCCAGCAUGAGAACAUAGUUAACCUUCUGGGAGCCUGCACCCAUGGAGGUCCUGUCCUGGUCAUCACUGAGUACUGCUGCUAUGGCGACCUGCUCAACUUUCUGCGAAAAAAGGCUGAGGCCAUGCUGGAGCCCAGCAUGCAUCCAGGCCAGGACCCUGAAGGGGAUACUGGCUACAAGAACAUCCACCUGGAAAAGAAGGACAGCGGCUUCUCUAGCCAGGGUGUGGACACCUACGUGGAGAUGAGGCCAGUGUCCACUUCCUCAAAUGACUCCUUCUCUGAACAAGACCUGGACAAGGAGGAUGAACGGCCACUGGAGCUCUGGGACCUACUGCACUUCUCCAGCCAGGUGGCCCAGGGCAUGGCCUUCCUCGCUUCCAAGAAUUGUAUCCACCGGGACGUGGCCGCUCGAAAUGUGCUGUUGACCAACGGGCAUGUGGCCAAGAUUGGGGACUUUGGGCUCGCUAGGGACAUCAUGAAUGACUCCAACUACAUCGUCAAGGGCAAUGCCCGCCUGCCUGUGAAAUGGAUGGCACCGGAGAGCAUUUUUGAUUGUGUCUACACGGUUCAGAGCGACGUCUGGUCCUACGGCAUCCUUCUCUGGGAGAUCUUCUCACUUGGGCUGAACCCCUACCCUGGCAUCCUGGUGAACAGCAAGUUCUACAAACUGGUGAAAGAUGGAUAUCAAAUGGCCCAGCCUGCCUUUGCCCCAAAGAACAUAUACAGCAUUAUGCAGGCCUGCUGGGACCUGGAGCCCACCCACAGACCCACUUUCCAGCAGAUCUGCUUCCUCCUCCAGGAGCAGGUCCAAGCAGAGAGGAAAGAGCAGGACUACGCCAAUCUGCCGAGCAGCAGCAGUGGUGGUGGUGGCAGCAGUGGUAACAGCAGCAGCAGCAGCAGCAGCGGCGGCAGCAAUACCAGCGGUGGCAGCAGCAACAGUGAGGCAGAGGAAGAGAGCUCCAGCGAGCAUCUGGCCUGCUGUGGGCCAGAGGACGUCACCCAGCCAAUGCUGCAGCCCAACAACUAUCAGUUCUGCUGAGGUGGUGAUGACAGGAGUACUGCCUCUCCCCACUGCCAAGCUUCAACUCCUCAUGGAUGGGGCAAUGUGGGGAGAACACAGAAACUCUGCCCUUGGUUGUUUCCACAGCUUGGCCCAGCUCUAAAACCUGGGAAUGUGAAGGGUCUGGGGAGGUCGAGACCCCACUCCUGGAGUCUGGGCCACCACUGCCAUUUAGGGGCUGAGCCCUUUCCACCUUCCCCCACUGUUCUCAGGAUGUUGGACUCAUGUUCACUAUGACAACUCACUCCUACCCAUGUCUGCACUUCCCUUCCCAAAUCCCUUAUGUCUCCAUGGAAACGGACUGUUUGGAUGAAGUGCCUGGAUGUUAGAAAACAAGGCUCCUCGGGGCCAGGCAACCCAGCAAGUGGUGGGACUGCAGGAGUGCAGCAGGAGAGGACAAGUGCUCAGACCACAGGUCCCCGGGGCAAGGUGGUUCCUUUGUGUGACUCUAAUGGGACCUUCAGCCUCCUUCUCUCAGCAGCCCACCGCACCCUGGGUUUGGCACUGCUGCAAUGAGCCACAUGGCAGCUAAAUGUGAGGGGUGCUCUGCCCAGUUCCGUCAUUCUGGCCUGGAAGGCAGAGGACCUUGGUGUGUGGCUGGCCACACCAAUCAAAAAGCUCGCAGUCCCCCAAGCUGACACAUGAUAACUAACAGUCACGCUGCGGGAUGUUCUUUGUAAACAUUAAACUAACAGCAUUAACACA